AUGUCGCAGAAAGAUUGGACCAAGAUACAAGUGGAAUUCUCACAACUAUAUGCAAUCAUUCUUUCCAUUGCUCUUGUAUUUCUAACUGGACAGACUCUUCUUGCCCGGUAUGCCGAUAUUGCCAGCAGCAGCCUGAGAAGUCGAUCUGUUUUGUUUGUCAAACUUCAGAGAAUCUGUGGAUGUGUGUUCUUUGUGGCUUUGUUGGAUGCGGGAGAACACUGCUACUCCCUUGAAUUGGAAACGCAGCGUGUGUGGGACUAUGCUGGAGACAACUAUGUUCACCGUUUGAUCCAAUCUAAAACUGAUGGGAAGUUGGUCGAGUUAAAUCAGCACUGCUCCCAUGCUGAUGUUGGUUGUGGUAGUUGCGACUGUGGAAUGGAUCCUGGAUUUAGUGAGGCUCUCAUGAAUAGCAAAGUUGAAGCUAUUGUGAAUGAGUACAACGAACUUCUGACUACGCAACUUGAGAACCAAAAAAACUCUUUAUUGCGAGAAGUUGAAGAAGAAACCAAAAGGGAUACUUCUGAAGCUGUUGAGAAAGCUUUGGCUCACAAUCCAAAAUUACAGAAGAUGCAAGCUAAGUUGGAUAAAUGUCUUGAAGAGUUGAAAUUUCUUGAUGAUAUCAAUGAUAAUCUUUUGAGAAACAAGGAAAUCUGGGAAGCCAAAAUAGUAGAAAUUCAAGAAAGGGAGAAGAAGGCUGUAAAGCAAAAAGAUGCUAAGAUUCGGGAAUUGGAGGAACAGCUUAGAGAUUUGAUGCUUUGCAUUGAAGAGGGGAAUCCAACAACAAAUGGGAUCGAGGAUGGCCGCGUUUCCCCCUCCUAAUUGAACCGUUCCUCUUCAAAUAAAUAGCAAUAGAGAGAGGGGGCAUGAGGAGAGGACCAAUGGCUUGAGAGCUGAAGCUAAAGACUCGUCGUUCCUGCAGCCUGAAGUGAAAUGAUUUUCAUUUUUGGAAUGUAUAGGAGCCCAUUUUGGUUGAUAUUGGAAGAGAAAUCAUUCUGACUCUAGGAAUAGGUCUUUUAAGAAUGAGGUAAGAGUGCUUAUCCGAACUUAUGGUUACUACGUUAGAAGCACUACUAAUGGGACGACAAGACGCGAAUAGAACUUUUAGGUCUGUUUGGUGGAUAAUAGAAAGUAAAGUGAAAG